AUGUUUUUUGUAAUUGCGAUUGUGAAAGAUACCGUAUUUUUGGUAGAGAUAAAGAAAAUGAGUACAUAUUUGGAUGAUCUCAUUACAUGGAUCAAUUCAUUGAAUGAUGCAGGGGAAGUGACGUUGGUCGAUGUUUUUUCGGGUCGAACUAUCGCGGAAGUUUUAUACAAAAUCGAUUCGUUAUUUUUUAACGAUAAUUGGCUAGGCAAAAUACCAUAUUACGACCAGAUGACUAACUGGAGAUUAAAAGCAAACAAUUUACGUAAGGUUUAUCGUCGACUUUCGGAAUACUACACAGAUCAGUUAGGAGCAGAAUUGACACCAAAAUGGCAUAUUGACACAACACGGAUAGCAGAAUGCGGUGACUCGGAACUGUUGUGUCGAUUGCUGCAGCUUGUCCUAGGAGCUGCUCUUCUUUGUACAAACAAUGAAAAGUUUAUACGUCUUUUACUGGAUCAGAGUGAGUCUGUGCAGAGGACAGCGGUGAAUAUUAUGAGAGAAAUCAAAGAACUAGUACCAGAACCAUCAGAAGAAAAAGCCAAAGUAGCUGACAUAUCCAGCAUCCAACCGAUGGAAUCGAAGGAACAAGUGGUAGAUUUGAAGAUUAAAGUGGAAAGCUUGAAACAGGAAUGCACUCAACUUAACGAAAAGCUGAAAGAAGCAUGUACCGAAAGGGAGGCACUGUCUAGUGACAAUGAGAGUUUGCGUCUACGCGUUGAUGAAUUAAGCGAAGGAAAUGUUGAAAUAGAAUCGUUACGGAAACAGAUUCGUUCACUGCGUUCCGUUCGUGAAAGCACUCAGGAUGCACUUUAUAAGGUCGAAGCUGAACGGGACCAUCUUAAAAAAGUAAAUCUGCAGUUGCUCGAUGAAAAUGCGGAAUGGCGGACAAAGGUGCAAGAUUUGGUGCCAAUGGAGGCGGAAUUCAAGCGAUUGAAAGAUGAACUCGAGGAACAUCGACUUCUUGUGCAAAAGUAUGAGAAGCUUGACGCGCAGAUUAGCAAUUACAAAGCUAAACUAAAAGAGUGGAAGGCACAAAAGAUUGAAGUGAAGGUACUGGAAGAUAAAGUGACUACAUACAUGAAAAGCGUCAUUGCGCUUGAGGAUGAGCAACGUAAGAAUGGUGUACUGAAGACUCAGAUUGAAUCAUUGCGAUUAGAGAAUUCGGAAUUGGAAGCAAGAUUGAACGACGAAAUUAGACGAGCUGAUAAGGCUGAAUUCGAAUUCAAGCAGUUGAAUGAACGGAUUGAUGAGAUUGAAAAGGAAAAAGAACAUCUUCGGCAGGAACGACGUGAACUCAAUGAACAACUUCUUUUGCAUGAAAAUGGUAGCAACACUCUGUCACUACACGAUGAAACAAUUGAUGCAAGUUUGACCGCACUUUUGAGAGAACGAAUCAUUCGGUUGGAAACGGAAAAGGAAAGUUUACUAGCUGGAAAUAUAACGGAUGGCGAGAAGUUGUGUUUGAAGGAAGAACUUAGUUCGUUGAUUGUUCAGAAGAGAAAUUUAGAAACAGAACUCAAAUUGGCGCAAAAUAAAGCGGAUGACUUGGAAAAACGAUUGAAAGAACUGAAUUCUAUAAUUGAGUCCGGCAACUUUGUGAACAGUGAUCGAUUGACAGAAGAACAAACAGCAAAGGAACGGAUGGCUAUCCAACUAGCACAGCUUGAAGCGAGACUCGAACAAGCAACGCAUGAUCUGGAACAGCAGGUUGCUGAUAAGAAGACAUUAAAUGACGAAUUAACAUCGUCAAAGCAACAAGUGAAGAAUGAGAAGGACAGGUUGAUGCAUUAUAUGGAAAAAGCACGUCGCAUGAUUGAAGAUCUGGAAGAGCAAAGUCGGGCUGUUGAAGGUGGUGCACUGAGCAGACAUGAGUUUGAUUCAAUUCGUCGUGAAAGGGACACAUACAAGCAAAGUAUUGAAGCACUGAAAGAAAGCUAUGAACGUAGCCGUACGAUGCAGGAAGAGGAGCAGCGAUUGUUUACAACUCAUGUUUACUACAUGAUGAUGCAACUCCAGCAACAAAAUUCUUCAAAUAAGGAACAUUCCGAUGAGAAAAGCUUCUUAACACGACAACGUCAAUGUAAUAACUUCAGUAUUAUGAGGUGAUAUCCUAUCCGCUCUUUCCCCUUUUCCUAACAGUUCCGAUCUAUUACAGUGGAUUAUGAGGAAUAACUGGCGUAUUAGAAUAUUCGCUACAAAUUGUUAUCUGGCAUUCCUUCAUGUCUUCCUGAUUGUUCAUGUUUCGUUGUCAGCUUUGUCGACAGCGAAUACUGGGCGAGUAUUUCUGAUUUGUUGCUCGUUUUGAUCCUCUCCUAACAAGAAGCAGAAUGAAAGUAAAAUCCUCUCCCGAACGAAUGGAAUAAUAAAACAGAUAAUUAGUUUGAUGGGUAGGAUGAUUGUCAGUUACACUAUUUACUGAUAGACUGUUCUUUGAAUGAGCUUCUUUGAAUUGUAAUUUUUCUUUUUAUUAGCUGGUACUGGAAGCUUAGCAAAAACACACAUCCUAACUAAUAUCCGUGUUUUGAAAGGUUUGUGGUAAGAGGGCAC